AUGGUGACCAAGUCGCCUACCACCCGGAACUCGUCGCCGGCUUCCUUUUACGCGGCAAAGGACUCGGAGACGCAAGGGUCGGCAACAUCCAGCAGUCCUGUCACUCCCUGUCCGUACAGUGAGGCGCGACAGCUGCCUCGCGAGCUCAAAGACCAUUGCCAGAUUUUUCUCGAAGAACAAAUCCAUACUUGUGCCAUCAAUUUGCUCAACAGCAUGCUAGGCUCCGGCAUUUCCCGGCAAGUUCCAACCAGCAAGACCGUGCCGGUGCCGCCCCCUAGCCAUCUCGCACUUUUGGGCACGCUGGUUAUUCAUCCGUUGCAUACGACUCGUGCAGACAAGCCGGAUCACCUGAUCGUGUCCUCCCUGGCGCUUAAUUACUUGCGCAACGUCCUGACCAUCGCUGGACCCAUCAACGCCGGAUUCCGCGUCGCCUUCCAGUUCCACUCGACACCGAGAUGGGCCCGCCAAUCCGAUCGUCCUGGCUCUGCCAGCGAUAGCGACAUGUCCGACGGCGACUCGAACGGCGACCUGGAUCAGUUGCGGGGUGCAAUGGCAAAUGAGGCGAGUGUUUGGAGCCGAGGCCAGGACUUGUGGUCCACGGUGGGCUGGGCUUUCAACACGGCGACAGUGCAUCCUCACCGGUGGCGCUACUGGAAAGUGUGGCUCGGGUUCAUGCUCGACGUCCUCGAUGCCGACUGGGCCGAGAGGGGAAGACUUGAUCAGGAGGCCCACGAAACCAGUGGCAAGCGCGGACACGAGUCCGUUGCGUGGCGCACGGAAUCCAUGAUUUACAUGUAUAUGAAUCAGGACGGUCGUCAGACGGGACACAAGCGAAUUAUGAACGCGCUCUUUGCCGACGGGGGAAGCCAAUCCUUAUCUGCCUUCUUGGAGGUGUUCGAAAAGGAGCUAAGGGGGCCUAAGAAGGCGUCGAGAAAACGGAAAUGGGAGCAAGCCCUCGACCUGAAAAGCGACAAGUUCGGCGACUACUUUGAUGCUGAUUCGAUAUCAUCCAGUAUUUCUGAGCCGCCAACGCCGGAAAAGCGCCGCGGCGCGAGCAGGGAUGUCUCGUUUGGCUGUUCGAAUCCCGGUCUAGUCGAAUCAAUACGUCUCCGACUGAGGUUCUUCAAGCUUCUCUCUGCUGCCACCUCGGUGCUUCGCUGGCGGUUGGACCUUAACCAGCUCCACGAUGGCUUUGCGGCAGGCAUCAAGCUGCUCCCUCUGCAGAUGUUUGCUCUGAUCCUAGAAAUGUGGAUCCAGAAGGCCAUGCCAUGGGCAGCUUGA